CUCAUGGACCUGGUAGAGGAUAGAAAUACCAAUCUAUAAUCAAAUAACACAGCUUUCAAACUGUUUCAGUAACCCUAUAUCGCGUCUAAUCCAUUAUCUGUGAGACUUAUAGCACCACCAGCGACCCACUAGCCAAACAUGCAAUCCAAAGAGAAACGUCACAUCUGGAAGCCAUUCUCCAAGGGCAAACUUAAAGACGGGGAGACCGCUCAAGAACCUUUAUCGAGACCCACGCAAGCUGUAGGUGACACUGCGCAGCAUCAGCCAAAUCGUUCAGACCUUCAAGACUCUGCAGAUCCUUCGCGGCAUCAUCCAGAAUCCAAAAAGCCUGCCGGUCUUUCGGCCCCCAGAAACGACGAUUCGACAUACGGGAGCAGCGAGCCGUCGGACUCUUUGACCACGCAAGGAACUACCGGCACAUUUGGUGCUAAUGGAGGUGACUUCAAUGCUUCUAGAGGCAACCUGAGUGUCCCAGGAAGUAGCUUGAAUGCACAAAGGAACAGCUCUGCUCUGAUUUCAGAUCCACAGCCCAAUCAUAAUAGGACCACAACACAAGGCGAAGGACCGACAUCCUACACAAGCCCAACUAUCAAGCGAGAAACAAAAACGAACCCGUUCACAGGUCAGACAAUAACGACCACCACUACCACGACCACCACGACAACUACAAUCACGAACUCCAACGGCACAACCACGACAGUCGAGGAACCCAACGAAGCGGUGGAAUUGCCCACUGCCAGUAAUGAGCCAGUGUCCGCAAUAGAAGAAGAGACGAAGCCGGCAGCACUUGUCCCAGCAGCAGCGCGAGUAGAAAAUGUGGUAUCACCAGAGGAAGACCUCUCCUUAAGGCCUCGUAGAAGUUCAGAAACACCAGGCAAGCGCAUCAUACCACCUCGAGACCCAAUUUCGCCGCAAGGGCCACAACACGCAGUCGAGAGGCCGCUGCCACCUGAGAGAGUCCCAACAGUGCCAAGGCGCAGCUCUCGCCGGGAAUCAUUGGAAAGACCACCGCCUAUGGAUGGUAUGCCACCACCGCUGUUCCAGGACCGUGAUUCAUCACAGUCCCCAGCAAGAGUUCAAGCUCCUGCCGGAGUUCAGACUCCUGCAGCACAGAACUUUUCCUAUCCUGGGCGUAAUCAGCCGUCUUUGGAAGUUGAGCGGCAAUCGCAGGCACAACAGCAGCGACCCGGUGCCCCGUCGGCAGCCGGGGGUGCACAUCGCGCGUCUGGUGGGACUUUUGGGUCCGGUUCUACAUUUAGCAAUCUCAAGAUGGCAGCUGCCGGUAUACAUGGUGCUGGUGAGACGCUGCGCGGAACUCUGAACGCAUCUGUUGACCGACACACCGGUAAGAGAGUCAUAACGGAGAAGGAUCAACGUGCAAUUGAGGCCGGUAAAUUUGAGAUCGAGAAUGGUAGAUUCUAUCAUCAAGAUAAUAAUCUUAGCGGAUCGUCCGGUGAGAACUACACACUCGAUCCGACCUCGAGCGUCCAACAAGACGAUGAGAUCAUCCGUGAAAGCUCGCCAUUCAAUCGGAAGCCCGUCGGAUCAGGUGAAAAGCCAAGGUCUGGAAGCAGGAUCAGCAACUUUAUAAGCAGAGCAGCGAACCGAUCAUCAUCUCAACUGAACGAACAAAACGAUGCUGCCAAGCAGCGGGAGAGGGUGAAACUACAAAAAAGAAACAGUUCAGGCCUUAGUGUGGUAGGAGAAGAGGGCAGUACUGUAUCUUCUUAUCGUUAAUGAAACGGCAUGGUCUGUUCAUGGUGGAGGGAGAGACCAGUCAAUAUCUGACUACGGAGAGGAUAUUAGGAAUACGGCGCUGUGAAUUGGCUUGGUUAGAGCCAUUGUUUGGUGGAGACUUUGGUAACACUGUUUGACUUGGUGACUGAUAGAUAAUAAGAAAUGUACUUCAUGGUCGCAUAACAAUAUAUCGCCACAACUGAAUAGAUGUAGGCAUUACAGUUAUGGAAAUUGCUCUAAUCUUAGUCUAGUCGUGUCUGAGCAUGGUCAUGUUCGAGUAACAGGCACGCUCAAUGCUGGCGGUCCGGGAAGUGGCUCAGGUCACAGACCAAGGUUUAUGCAGCUUCACUAUGUUUUAUAUCGAUGACUUGUUAGAUCUAUGGUCUCUAUGAAACUUCGAGGAAGUCAAUGGCGUGUGCUGGU